UGAAGGCCGCCGCUCAGAUUCUCUUUCUUGGUCUCCCCUUUCUGGACGCAUAACUUGUGACGUCACGGCGCGCGACGCCGAUUCAUGAAGCGGGGCAAAAAGGCUCCUCAGAAAACGGCUGCGAGUGAAUGAAGCGGGAAAGUUUCCCUACCUCCACAGUCUCGUGUCUGCCCCGUCCCUUGUUCUAUGGAGGGGGGAGCCCGGACGGAACUGAGGCGCUGUAAAAGCAGAGGAGCUCCAGCAAUAUGCUACAAAUAAUGGUCAGAGCUUGUUUGGAAAAUCAGUGGAGGCCAGUUUAUUCCCAAAUACAUAGUUUCUUACUGCAAAAACAGAUUAAAAACUGGCACAGGAGCCUUAGCACAACAAACACACCAUGUUCAAAAUCGUGGAAAACCUGUAAAGGAAAUCUAUCUGAGAAGAAGUUGAGUCGAUAUUUCAUCGAUCACCGAAAGGUUCGUGUGAUAGGAGGGAAAGGAGGAGAUGGCAUUGCUUGUUUUCUCAGUGAACCUAGAAAAGAAUUUGGAGGUCCCAAUGGGGGAGAUGGGGGAGAUGGGGGACAUGUUAUAUUUAAAGGGAAAAGAACAGCAGGUAUAUCAGAAUUGGAUCGACACAUCAAAUCUUUGGCCUAUAUCCACCCAUUUUAUAAAGGCUUCAAUGGGGAAAAGGGAGGAAGCAAAAACUGUUUCGGAGCAGCUGGCAGGCCCCUUUAUAUUAAGGUACCUAUUGGUACCAUGAUCAAGGAAGGCACUAAGAUUGUAGCUGAUCUCAACCAUCCCGGGGAAGAAUACGUUGCAGUCUAUGGUGGAGCUGGGGGCAAAGGCAACCGUUUCUUUUUGGCUAAUGACAACCGAGCACCAACAACUGCGACUCCAGGAGAACUGGGUGAGGAAAGGUCCCUUCACUUGGAGCUCAAAAUUGUGGGCCAUGCAGGGAUGAUUGGAUUUCCCAAUGCUGGGAAAUCGUCCCUCUUGCGUGCAGUCUCCAGAGCAAAACCCGCUGUGGCUCCUUACCCAUUCACCACCCUGAAGCCUCACGUAGGCAUUGUUCACUAUGAAGAUUAUGAGCAGAUUGCAGGGCAUUGUGAACUUGUGAAAGUCUCUGACCUUCUUAAAUGGAAGAAGCUGCAUAAACACAACAUCCUGAAUGUCAUACAGCGCCGGCACAAAAACUUGAAGAAAUGUCUCCGGAAAGUGUCUGAUUUAAAUUUCAUGGUCCAAUUUUACAUGCAGAGUUUCUCCCUCAUUUCUUUAAUCUGUGGAAUAACAUUGGCUGUAUGCUGAAAAGAAAAGAAAAAUCACAAGUUCCAUUUGACUUUUUAGGCUGCUAAUUAUGUGCUGGGAACAAUUAUGAUUAUAUUUAGUUAAUCCCCAGUUAAUUCUCAAAUGGUGAUUUCCUAAACAGUAUAAAAGGCCUGGCAUUUCAGCAAACAAUGUUAGCUGCUCUUUGCAUUUCGCUAAAUGAGCAUUAACGGCCCCUAGUCAAUGUAACCUGUUGCUUAAAAUCUGUAAUGUUUUUCAUACACAUCUAUUACAGUAUUAAAAACCCAUUUCCUAUAGCAAUGUUGGCAGAAGUGGCAUGUGAAAUCGUCCCGUGCCGAAUGUGUGGCCUUGCCGGCUCCUCGUCACGUUCCUGCGCUCAAAUGUGCUCCGGCCAGCUGGCUGUCACACAUGCAGUGCCGGCGGACCCCGGAAGUGUGGCGGUCCAUCGCGCAUGCGUGAGCCGGCACCUGGCCUUCCGGGUUGGCGUUGCGCACAUGCGCGAUGGAUCGCUGCACUUCCAGGGUCACCAGCAUUGCGUGAUGGCCAGCUGGCCAGCACGCGUUUGAACACACAAACGUGACAAGAGUUGGCGAGGCCGUGCAUUCGGCACGGGAUGGUUUCACGUGCCACUUCUGGCACAUGGGCCGGCAUGCGAGAAUGUGAAAGGUUCACCAACACUGUCCUAUAGCAUGUUGAAUUGCACAAUUCCCCCUAUACUCUUGAGAUGAUUAGCCAAACCCCAUAUUCCAAAUCCAUAUAAUUGUUACUGCUUAUUUCUGGAUGGACAAGACAUAUUGCAAUUGCAAAUUGAUUUUUAUGCAUGACUGUUAUUUUCGAUUUUGCUUUCAUUUUUUGUACCACAUAUGAGUAUCUUUCAGAUAAACUUAAAUAGCAUGGGGAAAAAAACCACACAAAUAGCUAUGAACGUUUAAUUAAUAAUAGCAUAUUGUAAGAUGUUGGGAUCGACUGCUAUCACACUGUGUAUACACAGACCCAACCUGAUGCCUCAUCACAUCGGGGGACAGGCUUAAAAAAGCAAGACAUAUUCUGAUUCUUCCAGGCAGUUUUCAUGGUCAUGGUCAUGUGGCCAGCAUGACUUUACAACGAAGCGCACCUUCCCACUGAAGUGGUACUUAUUUAUCUACUCACAUUUGCAUGCUUUCAAACUGCUAGGUUGGCAGGAGCUGGGGCAAGUAACAGGAACUCAUCCCAUUGUGUGAUGCUCGGGUCUCGAACCUGGACUGUCAGCUUUCCAGAUGACACAUUUGGUGUCUUUAACCACUGAGCCAUCAAAACUAUAUGCUCUGAGAACCAUUAGGGAAGAGCUGUCUUCACCUUCUUUCUGCCACACGAAGUAUCUGAACUGGGUUGUUUCUUGCUGCACUAGAAUGUGGUCCCUCCAUCCUGGGAAUCUGGAUUACAUUCCGUCCAUCCUCAGGGAAUGUCUCUUGCUCUAGAAUGUUCUGGUGAUGUUCUGGACACAUUCUGAUGAGGGAGAAGUUCAGGGGUGGGAUUCAGCCAGUUCGGACCAGUUCGGGAGAACCCGAUGCUAAUUUUACAUCUGGUUCACUUAACUGGUAGUUGCAAGGACUGGUUGGCCCCUCCCACUCCUCCCCUCCUCUCCAAGGAGUCUCCACAUGACCCGUUUUGGAUGCCAGGUAAGUGAAGUGCCCGUGCUGAGGC